AUGCGCAUUGGAAAAGACGCGCUCACGUGGAGCUUCGUGAAGCUGUUCGGUCUGCAUGUGCGCUGCGACCUGCACGAGUUUGAGAAGUUUCCUGCCAGCCACGCUUGGCGUUGGAAGACAGCGGGACUCUGGCGGACACGUCUGCUUACCAAGGCUCAGUGCUGUGGAGUGAUUGUGUCCAUCAUGGAACGCUCGGAUCGAGUGGAGCUUCUGGUAGACGACGGUACGGAGCUCGUCAAGGCGGUAUUGUGGAGAGAGGGUGCCCAGGCUCAAGUGACUCUGGGAGAUCUCGUCCACGUGGAGGGAAAACUUAAUGUGGACAAGAGCUGGGACGCAGUUGAGCAGUCCCGAGAGCUCAGGAUCCUUCGGAUUUCAAAGGUAGAAGAUCCGAACGAAGAAUUUCUCCAUUGGACUCAAGUGGUGGAGCUAGAACAGGCCUGUUAUUCUGCUGGAGAAAAGUCUUUUAGUGCAUCCGCUGGGGCCGGCAGCGACGCCCAAGGUGGAACUCACUGGGAGAACAUUGCCAGGGAGGCGUUUUUCCGUCUUACCAUUGACCCCAGUAGAAAGCAGGAGUUCCUAGGUCGACGCGACCGUGACCGUCACGGUGACAUGCUCCUGGAAACCCUAGAGUCUAUCCUUAACAAGCAAAAGACAAGUAGCACCACAGAAGCGGCUGAUGUCGUUUUCAGCGACCUCAUGGCUAGAGAGGAUUACGAUGCUGUCACGAACGGCAAUAACGGAGCAGUCAACAAGAAGCUCAGGAUUCGCGCAUUGCAGUAUGUUUUCAGGAUGCUACGUCGAGCAGGGCUACUGUUCUUGGAAGACGACCAAGCUGAUCGUCAUAUUUUGCUGAGUUUUGAGGCUGUUUUGAAGCCGGCGCUUCUGCAGUUUCUUCGAGACCACCCGGGGGGCCUUUCUGUUCCAGAAAUCGCAGAUGCAAUAAUGAUCCAGGAGCGAUUCAAGUGUAUUCCACUGCAAUGGAUUGAGACCAGCCUCGGACAUCUUUUCACGUCUCAGUUAGUGGUCCAAAGGGACGAGCCACACCUGUUCUUUCUCAAAUAAUGGAGACACACA